AUGACCGUUGCCCUACCUCAGGUUCAGCGCCUACAGCGCUCUGAUACAGCCAGUAUCAUCAACGCCAUCAUCAAGGAUGGUUGCUGCAUUGUGAAAGGCUUCACUGAUCUGGAAACGAUUGAAGCUGCAAACACAGAGGUGAAGCCUUAUCUCGAGGCAGACAAGCCUUGGAAGGUACAGAGCCAUUCCCGUGGGAAGAAACCCCCUCCAUUAUUGAGCAAUCAACAGGGCGAUUUGUUUCCUCCGGAGACACGACGCUGUCCGAAUUUGGUUGGACGAAGUCCUACCGCGAGAAAUAAAUGGCUAGUGGAUCCACUGAUUCGUGCAGUCAACGCGACAUUUAUCGACAAAACAACAUCCAACUACUACGGAGAGACCAAGCACACCUAUACGAGCGAAGCUGUUUGCUCAAUCGCGAUGACUUUCGAUAUUGGGCCUGGAGCCAAGGCACAAAGAUUGCAUCGGGAUGACAAGAAUUAUCAUGUUGACCAUCAAGACCAAACGCAAACCGGCUAUAAGGUGGGCUCAGAUGUUCUUGUUGGUUUUUUGAUUGCCGGCGUAACAACGACUUAUGAGAACGGUGCUACUUUGGCAAUUCCUGGUAGCCACUUAUGGAGUGGAGAUCGUGUGCCCCAUCUCCACGAGGUGACCUAUGCAGAAAUGGAGCCUGGGGACAUGUGGAUUAUGCUGGGAGGUCUCUAUCAUGCUGGUGGUGCAAAUAUCACACAAUCAGAGCGGAGAAUUGUUCAUGGAUUCUUCUUCACACGUGGGUACCACAGGCAAGAGGAGAAUGCAUAUCUGGCAAACGCACCAGAGGACGUCCUCACUUGGACUCCCGAGGCACAGAAGGCUAUGGGUUUCACUCUCUCGAGUCCAAAUAUUGGGUUUGUCCUGUUUAGGACGCCUCUACAGUAUUUCAAGGGUGAAGGCGGAGAUGAGUUUGGGGACUUCGACCCUUCGCAGGAGAAACAUUAG